AUGCUCUGUUUAGAACCCUGCUCCCCAUCUAUCUAUCUAUCUAUCUAUCUAUCUAUCUAUCUAUCUAUCUUUCUUUCUUUCUUUCUUUCUAUUUCAUUGUGUUCAUACCUAUCUAUAUAUCUAUCUUUUUUUCAAUCAAUCAAUCUUUCUUUCUUUCUUUCUUUCUAUUUCAUUGUGUUCAUACAUAUAUCUUUCAUUGUGGUCAUAUCUAUCUAUCUAUCUAUCUAUCUAUCUAUCUAUAUUUUUUUCAAUCAAUCAGUUUUUCUUUCUUUCUUUCUAUUUCAUUGUGUUCAUACCUAUAUCUUUCAAUGUGGUCAUAUCUAUCUAUCUAUCUAUCUAUCUAUCUAUCUAUCUAUCUAUCUAUCUAUUCCGUUUCUUCGUAUAAUUCCCGUCUCUUCGUAUCAAUAUUCUCGUCUAUCCGUAUCAAUAUAUCUAUUUUCCUUAUCUAUUGCUCAACUUUUUUAUACUGUAAUUACGUCAAUCUCUUGCAACAUUAGAAUCAUCCAAUACAUUCAUGUCCGUGUUUAUUCUCUAAUAGCUUCUUCUACAGCCUACCACGCUCUUAACCGCCACAUACUUGAGGACCUCACUAAAUCCAUCUUCGUAACUAUCUAUCUAUACGUAACAUUACCUGUAAUUUUCUUUUCACUAAAUAUUUAUUUUCUGAAUUUCUUUUAUGAAUACGUUCUUUUAAGUUUUCUCUUUCGUGUAUUUACUAAAUCUCACUCAUUCUUUCUUUAUCUUUUUAUCUCUUUCUAUCUUUUCUUUUUCUCUCUACUACUAAAUCUUUUUCUUUUUUCUUUUUAUUAUAACUUUUACAAUAUGCUUUUUACUCUCCCUCGCUUUUUCUCGAUUUCUUUCUUUUUUUUUUACUGUCUCGUUCAGUCUUUCUUUCAUUUACUCCGUCUUUGCCUUUAA